AUUUUACUUCAGUACUUUUAACAAGGAUGCAAUCUUAAGUGCGUUUGUGUUCUAAAUAUAAUAUUCUUAGCGGAAAAAGGUGGUUAUGAUUGUAAUGCAAACUUUACAUAUGUUGAUUUUGUUUUGCAAACGAAAUACAAUUUUAUAGAAAUAGACAUAAACGGUGUUGAAAUGUAUUUCCUUUUCGCAAUGAUAUGGUGUUUAUUAGGAUUCCUACCGGAUUUGAAAUACUUGCGGAAAAAGAGCUCAUUGUAGACCAAGCCACUUCAGGUGAACGACCCAUCCAGACUACACACCUACGUAAUGAUGUUUUCUAUGAAUUAAGCGAAUAUUAUUAUUGUUUAAUUAUAGGUUAUGUUGCAUCGAGCUGUUACAAUCCACCUUCAGAUUUGUGUAGCAAUAAGUUUAUUGAAAUGCCAAAAUUAGUUUCGAGAGACCCGUCAAUUAUUUUCACCAACAAAACGUCUCACUGGAAGUUUUGUGACGUGUAUGCGAUUGACACAAAUAAAUGGUACAAAAGUGAAAGCCCCAUGACCUCACACUGUCCGUCAAUGUACAUGUGCGGAACAAAGUUUCCCAUUUGGAUGAAUGGUCAGAACCCAAGGCAAGAAGAAGGAUUGGUAAACAGGACCUCUUGCAUAAGACACUUUGAAAGCUGUUGUUUUCGUACCUACAGACUGUCCGCUGUCAACUGUGGACAGUUCAUGGCCUACUGUUUCGUCCAUUUACCAACCAGUUGUCACCAGAGAUAUUGUUUUGAUAAUGACUUUACGACAACAUCUAGACCAACACAGAUAUCGACACUUACAGCCAUGAACACAGUGAAGUUUUCGGGCACUUCGAUUUCACAGAAAAGCACAUAUGUUUCUUAUAUCGAGGAAAAGCAAACAUCGACAACUGCUGCAUCGACAUGCUUUGAUACAUCUUCAGAUAUAUGCUUACUGGAGAUGUCAGAAGUUCCUAACUUAGAAUCAAGAAGUCCGUCUUACACUAUCAACAUCGUAACGUCUAACUUGAAAUUUUGUGACAUGUAUGAAAUACACGCAAAUAAAUGGUACAGAAGUCAAAGCCCAAUGAGCACGAGUUGUCCUUCAAUGUACAUGUGUGGAACGAAGUUUCCAAUUUGGAUGUACGGUCAGAAUCCAAAACCGGAAGAUGGGCUAGUAAACAGGACGUCAUGUUUAAGGAACUUUGACAAUAGUUGUCUCACCACCUACAGAGUGUCUGCUGUUAACUGUGGGUGGUUCAUGGCUUACUGUUUUAUAGAUUUGCCUUCCGGUUGCCCUCAGAGAUAUUGCUUCGAUAAUGUUCUUAUGUCUACGACAACACCACCACACACGUCAAUACUUACGGACAAAAACAGCCGUAGUAGCAAUACAAAUGCGCACAAAGUAUCAGAUGAGAGUCAAACACCAUUUGUUUUGAGUGACAAAGAGCUGUUGACCAUAACAGUUGCAUUAAUUGGACUUAUGACCGCGACUGUUAUCGGGUUACUGACGCUCAUCAUUCGACGUAAGAGUGUGCCGAUGAUGAACGAUAAGAUUGGUAAAAUCAACAUUGAUACUGACCCGUUGAAGCAGCCGGUCCAUACUUUUAUUAACGAUGAUGAUGCUGGACAUAUGUAUGAAACUAUUCAAUGCGAUAAAACAGUCCCGCUUGAACAAAGUAAUGACAAACCCAAAGAAUCAGAGUAUCUGACACCGGCCUUUGGUUUAUGACACCACCGUUGAUGACAGAACUGAUGAAAAAUUUACAAACGUCGAGAAUGAUCUACACCGUGAAGAAAACUACUAAAUAAAACUGUUUUGAACUAAAGUAUACCUUAAGUUAAUACUUAAGACAAUAUACAGUAAUAAAUUCCAGAAAAAUGUAGAUAUCUGUCAAAGAUAUACUAUGUUCAUCCUCUAGUAAAAUAUUUCAAUCACAGAAAUUGAUUUAAUUCUAUGAAAUUCUUACCGCAUAUGUUUAAUUGAAAAAAAAGGAUAUACAAUGUAUUGGAAGAAGCUGCGUUCCCUGCGUUCCCCAUUAACGGUCAAAUAAAGUUGGUAUUGUCUUAAAAAACUUACAAUUUUUAAUGACACAAUAUUGUGACGACCUUUAUAAUGUGUAGUAUUUUGAACAUAACAUAUCUACUUUGUGUUAAACCAAAAUUUAUAUUUACAAAAAGAAUGUGUAGCAAUUAUAAAUAUUUUCUGGUAUUAAAUUUGAGCAUAGUAUAUCUUGAAGUUAUAAAUAUUUUUUUCAUUAGAUAAUUAUAGUUAUUAAUAUUCUUAUAAAGAAUAAGGAAAAAAGAAAAUUUUUAAGUACAUAAACAUCUCAAAAAAGAUAUUGUAAAUAUUCUUAGUUUGCUUAUUGUGAAGAUAAUCAAAUUUCUUCACUUUGCUUUUUAAAAUACAGUUUACUUCAUUCAGUUUUCCGUUGGCUAUUGUACAUGUAUAUAUAUUUAGGUUUCAGUUUUACUUUCUGAUCCUUUUAGAACAUUUUGUAUGCACCAACAACAACUAAACGGUUGUAAAUGUAUUAUCACGCUAAACGCUUAUCAAAUAUUUGUAUACAUUCUACUACAUCUCGACUCAAAAUAUACACCUGGAAAUAAGUUAAGCACAUCCCCGUUGUGAUUGAAAGCUCUGUCAUGAGAUGAUGACUUUAUUGAGCUACGAAAUAGUAAUGUGAUAAGUAGCGAUACUAAAUUAUAUUUCAUAAUCCAGUAAAUUUAUGUGUUUAGUUCAUUCUUAACCAAAUAAUUGAAGCAUAAGCAAAUGUGUUUUUUUUUACGAACAAUGUAAGCGUUUAUAAGUAUAGUGUUGGAGCGUUUACAAUACAUUUACUGGUGGAGUUUUCUUGGUUAAAUGUUGACAAUUACGUAACCUAAAAUGACCUUAUGUAGCCAAAUAUUAAAUAGCGUGUGUAACCGCCACGUCGUGACCUGAUAAUAGCCUCAACCCUUCUCCUCAUAGUACAGUAAGGCGUCUUAUGCGAUUUUUGACAUAUAGGAGUUACUUUUGUCGGUGUCGGCGUCAUCCGCGUCCCCUUAAGCUUGUCCGGAGCAUAAAACAGUCAUAAGUCGGAUUGACUUCAAACUUGGUAUGCAUUCUUCUUAUAAUGACCCGGAGUGCAGUGCAUAAGAACCGGUACUCUGCACGUCUUAAUUUUUGAGUUAUUGCCCUUUGUUAAAUUUCAUACUUUAUUUUUGUCCGGGCCAUUUCUCCUGAAGUAUUAAAGCUAUGGACAUGAAAUUUUAUAGAAUGAUAGAUAUUAUUAAGAAAAAGUACAGUUCACAAGAAUUGGUACUCUGCAUUUCUUAAUUUUUUGAGUUAUUGCCCUUUGUUAAUUUUCAUACUUAAUUUUUGCCCGGGCCAUUUCUCCUAAAGUAUAAAAGCUAUGGACAUGAAACUUCAUAGGAUGAUAGAUCUCAUUAAGAAGAAGUGCAGUGCACGAGAACUGGUACUCUUUCUUAAUUUUAGAGUUAUUGCCCCUUGUUAAUUUUCAUAAUUUAUUUUUGUCCGGUCCAUUUCUCCUAAAGUUGAAAAGCUAUAAUGGUCUUUAAACUUCAUAUGAUGAUAGAUCUCAUCAAGAAAAAGUGCAGUGUACAAGAACCUUUACUCUGCACUUCUUAUUUUUGAGUUACCCUUUAUUAAUUGUCAUAGUUUAUUUUUGUCCAGGCCAUUUCUCAUACAUUGUAAAAGCUAUGGACUAUAGGAUGAUAUAUCUUAUUGAUAGGAAGUGCAGUGCACAGACACUGCUGCUCUGCACUUUUUAUUUUUUGAGUUAUUGCCCUUUGUUUUUUUGUCCUGGACAUUUUUCCUAAACUAUAUUGUUCACAAGGGAACACAUUCGACUCGCGGAGUUCUAGUUAGGUAGAUUAUGCCAUUCCUGGUGUAGACCUUGUUCCAGUGGCUCAUUUCAGGUGGUUGGAACCUUUGCCUAAAUGAAAUUUGAAAUUUCUGUUGUGGUCAUGUCAAAAUUGAGGCAAAAUGCCGGGUAUGAGGCUAUCAUCGGGGCACGUUUACAACAUUUACCAAAAAAUAUCAACCAGUAAAUAGUUUGUAAAUGCACCAACAUCAUACUUAUAAACACUUACAUUUUUGGUACAUUUCCUUUUGUGUCAAUAAUUUGGUUAAUAAUAAAGUAAACUAAACUCAUAAAUUUACUGGUUUAUGCUUAUGAAAUUGGUAUCGCUACUGAUCACAUUAAAUCUUCUUAGCUUAAUUUAGUCGUCAUCUCAUGACAGUGCUUUCAAUCACAACCAAUUUUUAAUUUCCGGGGUGUGCUUAAUUUACUCCCAGUUGUAAACAUGUAUGCAUGCUUGUUUUGGUUCAUUCAAAGUGUAUGUACAUUGGAUCAUCAAAAUAAUUAGUCAGUACAUUUAAAAAGAAAUAGAAGUUUUAAUAUAUAUAUAUAUAUUAUGUAUGUUGCUUUUAUAUUGAAAUAUGUUGCGCACAAUGUCAUACAUGAUUUCUUGCUAACUUUCUUCUUUUUUCAAUAAAUAUACAAAUAUAUUACAUAGUGCACUUCAAAGUAAGGUUCUGUGACUGAAUGUUUUAGUUUACCUUUCAUUUUAUAUAACAGUUAUUAAAAUAUUUACUAUUAUAAAAGUAAUUAAAGUUAUACCCAGUUAUACAAAAACUAUUUUCUAAUCACAAAAUGACACUUAUAAAUGUGAUAUGCUUACCCGUUCAUCUAUAAACAUAUAUUAAUAAAAUGCUACAAAAUAUACUUCUUUAGAGCUCU